UUGAAGUGUUCGUAUCACAGUGACAUUGUACAGGAGUCGUCAGAGCAACUUGCCCGCAAAGAGAGUCACCUUGUUGUCGAUAAGCGGAUUGGCAUCCUACGAGACUGCAGCGUGACCUGGCUAUGGGAUGCUUUCACGACGGUAAAUAAAUCUGACAUAGUUAAAAAGGCAUUUGAAAUGUGCCAUGUUCACACAUUUAAUUUAUCAUUUGAGAGCCUGACAAGUUAUGCUGUGCGAGAGAAGUUGAGGAGCCUCAAAGUUGACGAUCCACAGUUUUGGGAUGAACUCACGAGUCAUGCACCC